UGCACUCACUUUGCUCCACCUAGCCAAGAGACGCUAGCCAACCAAGCUAGCUGUUGUCACCAUAACAGAUCGAUCGUUUUGAUCGCCAUAGCUGUUGCUACACCUAUCUAUUUAUUUAUUUUUUCUUGGGCUCGCUGUGUUAUGACCGUGUUAUUCACUCCGUAGCUUAUCGGAGAAGUGGCUGUCAGUGUCGCUUGUAGGUUGUCAGCUCUGUUCACGGAAGCUAACAACACAACCGCUAGCGUCGUCUACAGGCGAGAUUCAUUGAUUGUUUACAUCUCGAUUAUGACCUGCUUUUGGUUGCCUCUACGUACGAAACGAGGUCCAUUGCUAUGCUUAGCCAGUUAUAUGCUAGCUCCUUUGUUUUAUGCCAGGAAGUGUAACCACAUGACGUCGCAUUCCUUGUCUUGUUUGGCUCCGUGUUGACUUUCGUUUUAGUUGUUGGGGUCGCUUUCGAUUUCAUUCCCGGAGUCGUCCAUUAAAGCCAGCGCCUCUGCUUUUGUUGUUUUACUGUUGGUUGGCGUCAGUGCCGUCGGCGUGACAUUCUGCUCAGGUCUUCUAUCUGCUACAGAGUAGGUCUGUGCAGGCAUGGAGCCCCUCACAAUGGAUGAUGACAUUUUCAUCCUUAAACACGAGACGGCCGACACCGCUGCCGGGGAGAGCCCUGUGUCGGUGUGUGCCGGCGAUGAAUCCGUUGCUUCCCAUUUCGCCCUAGUCACGGCCUACGAGGACAUCAAGAAGAGGCUGCGAGACACGGAGCGAGAGAAUACGUUGCUGAGGAAGAGGGUGAAGCAGCUAGAGGACAAGCACUUCAGGCCAGAUGCUCUCCCAUCAGAAGGUCCCCAGUACGUGAACAAGGCCUUCAGUGCUUACCGUGGUAUCUAUAUAGAGAAGGAGGACCUGCAGAUGGAGCUUAACAAACUGAAAAAAGAGAAGAGUGAGAGCGAGAGGCUGCUGACGGAGCAGCUUCACGCCAAAGAGUUGGAGCUGCUGCAGCUGAAGACGGAGAUGGAGACCAGCCAAGGUACAGUGAUGAAGAGCCUGAACAGCCCUCAGGACUACUGGCAGGUGGACAGGGUCAGCACGGAGCUGAAGAUCCACAAACUGCAGGAGGAGCUGGAGAGGGUGACACUGGAAAACAGCCGACUACUGGAGAGAAGUGCGGAGGAACCGCAUGGCCUUAACGGACCAGACUUGGACCAGACCAGUGAUGCAAAGCUUAAUGCAAGGGAGAGGAGCAUGCAGCAGACGUACGCGGCUUUGUGCUGUGAGAUCACUCGCCUCCAUGCUGAGCUGAAGCACCAAACAGGCCUGAUUAGGAAACUCAGGCCACUGAUCAGUGAGACAAGACAAGCUGCCUCAACCGUUCCGAUCCAGUGUCUGGACGACGUGGAGAAGAACAACAACCACCCAGUUCCCCGGGCACCAGUGCCUCGCCCCCCCAGCGCCCCCCCGCUCCCCUCGUGCUCCGGCCGCCCGUGCCCCCCCGUCGCCGGCCCGUCGGGCUCCGUCCUGCCCGACAGCCUGGGCCAGGACUGCUGGUACAACGGGCCCUGGCCGUCUCAGAGCUGCUCGGGGGAGGCCCUGGUCGGGAGCGACCCCUGCUCCGUCGUCCUGCCUCCCCCCCCCCUCAACCAGGCCUCUCUGGACGACAGCUCGCGGUCCUUCCCCAGCCCCCCCAAGCCCAGCGACGCCAUGUUCUGGGAGGGAUACUCCGCUGCCUCUAACUCUAACUCCUCCUCCUCGAUGGGAAACUGCUGUCCCAGGAGCCCUCCAAACACAGAGUGGGCCAAGCCCUAUUAAAGACGAACUUCGACGGGAGAGCCGACCGCAAAGAACCGGGCGGGAAAUAAACGGAAGAACGGAUGAACUCUCCAACCCUGCCACAUAGCUACCACCUAACCUGCCUUAAGUUGAUGAGACCGCCCCCCCCCGGGGUGAAACAGACUGGACCUACUGGUUGUGGGGACUAAUUGAGGCCAGACGAGGCCUUUUUUUGAGGUAAAGACUACGAACUCAUUAAUUCGCCAUCUCUGCACACCGCAUCGGUGAACAUAUCUCCGCAGAGGAAACGUUGACGACAGACCCUCGACGGAAGAAAUAAUUUGUCCACGUGUAUGUGUCUUUGUAGUCACAUGCAUACGUGUGUGUGUGUGUGUGUGCAAGCAUGCAUACAAGCAGUUUAUUUUGUGCGUGAGUGCGUGUGCUUGUGUGUGUGUGUGUGUAUAUAUAUAUAUACAUACAUGCGCACAUCAAACAGUGUGCCUGUGUGUGCAGAUCAGUAUGCCGGCAUCUUUGGCUGCAUCUCAAUCUCAUCAUAAUAAACCUAACGGGGCGCAGUGGCCCUCCUUCUCCACGUACCGUGGCCGGCGACCACUGGAGCCGCAGCAUAGCGCUAGAAUUUGUAUAGCUGUACUCCCUCCAAUGCAAGUCUUUUUACAUUUGCUCACUGUAAAUUCUAAAAGGUAUGGUGUCCCAUGUUUGUGUCAUGACCGUGUGAAGGACUCGUCUAGGUAUGAGGACUCGAUGUGCUUGUUUUUUUGUAUCGUGGCGGAGACGGACAUACAGUACCUGUAGGAUAAUUGCAGAUUAUCGUUCCAAAGUUCAACAGCUACCAAAUUACAACUUUGACGUUUUUUUUUUUUUCUCUCCCCCCCCUUUAACAAUGUUUAUUGAAAUCCUUAUGGAUUCACGUGAAAGUAGGCUGCCAGUCUAGCCACGCUUACCCGAGCAUUUAGAUUGUUUUGACGAUUCAAUAAUGAGAAAGAAGUGGGAGUUUUAAAUUUAAAAAUGUACUGCUUUCGGAAAUAAAGUGCUUAAUCAUC